AUGGCGUGCACGAUACCUCUCUCUCCUUCCUCCUCUUCUUUUCUACUCUCCCACACAACCAUUUUCCGUUUCAGAAGCCCCAGACAUCUUUCGACCUCCUCCUCACGAAGACGACUCUCAGUCUCAGUCUCUGCUUCGUCUUCUUCUUCUCUCCAAGCUCUGAUUUUCGACUGCGAUGGGGUAAUCCUCGAGUCUGAGCACUUGCACCGCCAAGCUUACAACGAGGCCUUCGCGCACUUCAAUGUUCGUUGCUCUUCCUCUGCCUCUCAGCCCCUCAAUUGGGACCUCCACUUCUACGAUCAGCUCCAGAACCAAAUCGGCGGUGGAAAACCCAAAAUGCGAUGGUACUUUAAGGAGCAUGGGUGGCCGUCAUCCACGAUCUUCGAGAAGCCUCCGGAAGAUGAUGAGGGCCGGGCCAAGAUCAUCGAUACUCUUCAGGAUUGGAAAACUGAAAGGUACAAAGAAAUUAUCAAAUCCGGAACUGUGGAACCAAGACCAGGAGUUUUAAGAUUAAUGGACGAGGCUAAGGCUGCUGGGAAAAAGCUUGCUGUUUGCUCUGCAGCAACUAAAAGUUCAGUAAUAUUAUGUCUUGAGAACCUUAUAGGAAUUGAGCGCUUUCAAGGUCUUGAUUGCUUCCUUGCUGGUGAUGAUGUGAAGCAAAAGAAGCCCGAUCCUUCAAUUUAUCUUACAGCUUCCAAGAAACUCGGUAUCCCAGAGAAAGAUUGUUUGGUUGUGGAGGACAGUGUUAUUGGGCUACAGGCAGCAACAAAAGCUGGGAUGUCAUGUGUGAUUAGCUACACAUCUUCAACAGCUGACCAGGAUUUUAAAGAUGCAAUAGCAAUCUAUCCUGACUUAAGCAAUAUAAGACUGAAAGACUUGGAAUUAUUACUUCAAAAUGCUGUCAUUGCCAAUUAA